AAGAGGCUAGUUGAGCGGAAGAGGACACCGGUGGAGGGCAUUACAUGUAACUCCAAAUCAAUAAACUCCCGUUGUCUUCAAGAAAUUGUCAUCAGCUAAUCGGAAAUGUUUUCUCUUUCUACUUCCCUUCAGCCACAGGUAACAGUCCAGCUGAGUCACCUCAUCAAUGCCCUGCACUCUCUGAAGGGUUCAGUGAGCAGCAAUACUUCAGUCAAUCACAAACACAGAGAGAACGCAUCUGAACAAGAUCUGAACUGCACAGAGCCAUCACUGACCCUCCGGGAUUUAGGAUUGGCAGAUCUCGGGGUCAGGCAGCUAGAUGAGCUGGUGCAGAAGCUUCUGCCUUGUGUUACUCAGCAGGAGUCGCUCUCACAACUGAGGACUGUGCCAAAUAUCUGGAGGACUUCCCAUCUUUCCUCAGAUUCGUUCUUUCACAACAAACAUGGGUUUUCAAGAAUGGGCGGUGUUACUCCUGUGUUCUCUAAGCAGAACAAGUCACCUCUCCAAACACUAUUGAUGGUCCCAAAUCGUGGCUUUAAAACUCUGAAGUCCAGAACACGGCGUCUACAGGGAGGCUUUGACAGUUCAGGGGAGCCUGAGGGAUUUACACCAUCAUUUAUGAAGGGUUUCCUUACACGAGACAAAGUGCCAGAUGUUGAAACAUUGGACAAGCUCCUUAAAAACAAAAACAUUCCUGAUGGUCAGCAUGAUGCUUUUAAGACUGGUUUUGCAGAGGGAUUCCUAAAAGCACAGGCCCUAACACAGAGAACCCAAGAAUCAUUAAGGAGGACACGACUGAUACUAUUGGUGCUUUUGCUGGUGGGCUUAUAUGGACUCUCAAAAACACCUUUCUUAUCAGUGCGAUUCCGAACCACAUCAGGCCUGGACUCAGCAGUGGACCCUGUCCAGAUGAAGAACGUCACCUUUGAGCAUGUGAAGGGUGUGGAGGAGGCCAAGAAUGAGCUGCAGGAAGUGGUGGAGUUCCUCCGGAACCCACAGAAGUUCACUGCUUUGGGAGGAAAGCUGCCUAAAGGAAUCUUGUUGGUUGGGCCUCCAGGUACAGGAAAGACCCUGUUGGCCCGUGCUGUGGCAGGUGAGGCAGAUGUGCCAUUCUACUACGCAUCUGGCUCAGAGUUCGAUGAGAUGUUUGUUGGUGUUGGUGCCAGUCGAAUCAGAAACCUUUUCAGGGAAGCUAAAGCUAAUGCUCCUUGUGUUAUCUUCAUUGAUGAGCUGGAUAGUGUUGGAGGAAAGAGGAUCGAGUCCCCCAUGCACCCCUAUUCUAGACAGACAAUCAAUCAGCUUCUAGCAGAGAUGGAUGGGUUUAAGCCAAAUGAAGGUGUCAUCAUAAUUGGAGCAACAAACUUCCCUGAAGCUUUGGAUAAUGCUCUGAUCCGGCCAGGCCGUUUUGAUAUGCAGGUCACUGUCCCCAGACCAGAUGUGAAGGGCCGCACUGAAAUCCUCAAGUGGUACCUUAAAAAAAUUAAAGUAGACAGUGCUGUGGAGGCAGAGGUCAUUGCUAGAGGAACGGUGGGGUUCUCUGGAGCCGAGCUGGAGAAUCUAGUUAAUCAGGCUGCACUAAAGGCAGCUGUCGAUAGCAAAGACAUGGUGACCAUGAAGGAGUUGGAGUUUGCUAAGGACAAAAUACUGAUGGGGCCGGAACGCAGGAGCGCAGAGAUUGACAAGAAGAAUAAAGAGAUCACAGCGUACCAUGAGUCAGGCCAUGCUAUUAUUGCAUACUACACCAAAGAUGCCAUGCCCAUAAAUAAAGCCACUAUUAUGCCGAGAGGCCCCACUUUGGGUCAUGUGUCCAUGCUCCCAGAAAAUGACCGCUGGAGUGAAACUCGUUCUCAACUUCUGGCCCAGAUGGACGUCAGCAUGGGUGGCCGAGUGGCUGAGGAGCUCAUCUUUGGCAGUGAGAAUAUCACCACUGGAGCAUCAAGUGAUUUUGACAGUGCUACAAAAAUAGCCAAACUGAUGGUGACCAGAUUUGGCAUGAGUGAAAAGGUUUGUCAUAUUUAG